AGUUGCUCGUAGGCGGUGGCAUUCAGCGCGCUGCGCAGGCGUGUCAACGGCCGGGUGGUGCCUUCCUCUUUCCUUCCCAUCUGAGCGUUCGGAGGGUUUGAGGUGCUGCCGCCAUUUUGUCAGGCGUCCCGGUGCCAGCUCGGCCGCGGCCAUGCGUCCCGGAGUGAAGCUGUUCGUGGGGAACGUGCCCGAGGAGGCCACGGCCGAGGAGCUGGGCGAGCUGUUCACGGGCGCCGUGGGCCCGGUGCUCGGCGUGGCUCUCAUGAAGCAGUUCGCCUUCGUGCACCUGCGGGAUGAGGCGGCCGCUGUCCGCGCCAUCGCCCAGCUCAACGGGCACCAGCUGCACGGCCGCCGCAUCGUGGUGGAGCCGUCCCGCCCGCGGCCCACCAACACCUGCAAGAUCUUCGUGGGUAAUGUUUCGGCGGCCUGCACCAGUGGAGAGCUGCGGGCGCUCUUCCAGCAGUACGGGCCCGUGGUGGAGUGCGACGUGGUGAAAGACUAUGCAUUUGUUCACAUGGAGAAAGAAGCAGAUGCAAAAGUUGCCAUCGAAAAUCUUAACGGAAAGGAAGUGAAAGGAAGAAGAGUCAAUGUGGAACUCUCUACUAAUGUUCAGAAAAAGGGGGCAGGACAAAAUGCCCAGGCAGGCACCAAUGCUGACAAGAGCAAGAGAGCAAGUGUGGACUUUAGAGAGAAAUAUCAACCCAAGAUCGACGGUUACGAGCAGCUUAGGCCUACAGACUCUACAUAUCCAUCAGUCUCUGCAGGAUACACUGCAUCCUCACUCUACGAUUAUCAGCAGCGCUUCGGUGGCACCAACACUUCAAGCAAAUACAACUCCUUUGACACUCAGACAAGGCAAGCAUCUCCCUCAUAUUUUGGAAGGGACAGAAGCCCAAUUCGACGAUCACCAACAAGAAUCGGCUUUGCCACUGUGUCGCUACCCAUGACAGCACAACCAGCAUCCUACAGAGCUCAGCCAUCAACCUCACUGGGUGCAACCUACAGAGCUCAGCCCUCUGCAUCUCUCGGAAUGUCUUACAGACCCCAGCCAACAACGGGACAGGCAGCAUCUUACAGGGCCCAGCCCUCGACCUCACUUGGAAAUACUUACAGAACCCAGUCCUCUGUUUCACUAGGAGCUUCUAAUACCCAGCCUGCAGCCUCAUCACUAAAUUCCUACAGCGCCCAGGCUGCUGCUGCUUACAACACCCAGGCUGCAGCUUCCCAGUUAGCCUCUUAUGGGGUCCAGUCCACAGCAACACUAGCAUCAUCCUAUGGAGCUCAGCCUUCGGCCUCGCAUGCAGCCUCUUAUGGUACUCAGCCUGUGGCUGGUUACUCAGCCUCCUAUGGAGCUCAGCCAACAGCCACACAUGCAGCCGCUGCCUAUGCAGCUCAGCCUGCAGCUGGUCACACAGCCACCUAUGGAGCCCAGCCUGUGGCCACACACGCAGCCGCCUAUGGAGCCCAGCCUGCAGCCAGCCACUUGGCUUCUUAUGGAGCCCAGCCUGUGGACAGCCACUCAACCUCUUAUGGCGCCCAGCCUGCAGCUACUCUCUCAGCCUCAUAUGGUGCUCAGCCUGUGGCUGGCCAUUCAGCCUCGUAUGGCGCCCAGCCUGCAACUGCUCUCGCAGCCUCGUAUGGCGCCCAGCCUGUGGCCGGUCAUUCAGCCUCGUAUGGUGCCCAGCCUGUGGCCGGUCAUUCAGCCUCCUAUGGCGCCCAGCCUACAGCUGUGCUCUCAGCAACCUAUGGCACCCAGCCUGCAUCCACUCUGGCUGCAUCUUAUAGCAAUCAGUCUGCAGCAGCUUCCUACAAAUCACAGGUCCCUGCUCCACUGACCACACCCUAUAGAACACAGUCUUCAAACUCAAUGUCUGCUUCAUAUACAGCACAGCAGCCCUCCUCUGUUCCCUUGGCAGUCACUUUCAGAGCUCAGCCUGUGACUGCAUAUGAUGGGCCAACCCAGCUUGGACAACAAGCAACCCCGUAUUUGGGACUGUCUCAGUCUUCUGCUGCUGCUGCUGCUGCCAUCGCACCACCAUACGAACGCACCCGCCUCUCUCCUCCACGGAGUGCUGGCUAUGACGAUCCUUUCAAAAAAUCAUCUGCUUUGGCUAAAAGGUACAGUUCUGACCGCCGUUUAUCUGACCUCUCAGAUUACCGUCGUUUAGCAGACUCGCCACUUGUGUACCGUCAUUCGCCGACAAAGUCCCCGCUGGAUUAUCGCCGUCUUCCAGAAGCGCAUUCCGACUAUGCCCGUUAUUCGGGUGCCUAUGGCGAUUAUAUGCAUACUGCUCGGCUACAUUCUAAUUACCAGCGCCGCCUGUAGUGGGGUUGGGGUUCCUGUUCCAGAUGGGGGCAGUAUCAUUGAUUACAUGUUCCCCAUUGGGACACGCUUUCUUAGCAUAAAGCCAAUCUGCGUCUUUACUAGGCUGGCUUCCUCAUUCAGUUCUCUGCAGAUUCUGAGUUAUUAAAUUUCCUUCCCUCCCAUGUUAUCUCAGGUGUCAUUACAGCCUGUCAUUUUGGCUCUGUUCCUUCAUGUCACUCGAUUAAAGAAUUAUUUGAGGCGAUAGUAUGAGGCGUCUCUGAGACAUGCUACUACAUCCAACACAAAUAGCAUUCUCCUGGUCUUUACUUUGGGGGAUUUUAUUUUCAGCUGCCUUUUUUGUUGCGUUUUUAGAAUGAUCUGAAUUUAUGAUCUCAAGAAGAACCUGGCCUGCAACCCCAGGAACAAUGUAGAUGACUGCUGCACAUUGUGUUUUUGAAAGUCGAAGACUCGAGUUCCUUCGUGCUCCAGUAGGGCUAAAAAUGCCAUAGCAUAUCUGGAAUCGGUUUUUGUUUGCGACUCCUGAUGCUAAUGUCUCCAUUAGUAAGACAUAAGCUGCUCAUGCAGGAUUCCUAAUAAAUACAGUUCACAAUGACUGUUGCUCAGUAUUGUUUUUAUAACCCGAGCAAUUGCUUUCUCUGAAUAGAAGAGCAAAUGCUCUUUUAUGUAACAUGAAAAUCCUUUUUCUUUUUACACCGGUGUUAAGUUUGCAGUAGAUGUGAUGUUCGAAUCUAUACAUCUGAAAUGAGUUAGUUUUUGUAUUGACUGUAAAUAAAAUGCGGGCUAUUUACAGUUUAGAAAGUUGUCUGGUGUAUUUUUUCUUCCAGUUUAAUUGGUUUCAGGGGUAAUGUCCCAUGUUCUUUAACUCUCUUCCUUUCAUCCUAAAGGUAAAUCAAAGGACUUUAAUGAGUGCAUACAUACAGCACCACUGCAAGGCAGCCAGCUCUAGGGAAGAAAUGUGGUAGCCAACUGGUGCACAACAGUAAAGAGAGCUGGAGUAUUGUCCAAGAGCAGGCCAGAUCUCUGUUCUUAACAUGUGCUGUAAGAUUUGUUGUUAGACCAUAGGUGUGCCCCAUAACAGACAUAUCGGCGGUCCCUGGGAGCUUAUAGUUUAAACAGAAAAUGUGCUUGGGAGAAGAGCAGUGGGUGACUUCAUUUCCUAAAGUGGGUCAACACCUCAUCUUAAUUCCCAUUCCAAAGUACCUCUCCCCAGGACACUGCCUGGUACCAGAUUCAUCUACCUCUGCAGCGUGGAGCUCUCCAUCAGCUCUUCUGGGCAUUUAAACCUGCAAUUUGAAGGUAUUAGGUGUUUGCCAUCUAUAUGAUGCCAGAAUUGAACUUCCAGUCCCUGCCCUGAAUUUGUUACAGCAUAAAUUAGAUCAACAUGGAGCCUGAAACUGAUAAAGGACAGGCAUAGAGAAGGGAAGGACAAGCGUUAAGGAAAUGUCUUGCCUUGAGAGAAUGUUCUGAAUUUUCUAAGUAAGGCAGAGUAGCUAGGAAGAAGCAAGUGGCCUACAUGUUUAAGGGCAGGCUAAAGGAAUGAUUUCUGAAGGACUGAAAACAGUGGGGACAGGAAAAGGAUGUCUCUGCAUGAACACUAGUGUGGAAUCACAGAGGUGAGGUUAGCAAGAGAGGGGAGAAGAGGUGAGCUGUGAGUGCAAGGAUCAAGGAGACCCAUCUUCAAGUGGAUUGGGGUGGGAGUGGAUUUGAUGAACGUUAGAAAAGAUGAUCAGACGAGAAUGGUUGUGGCUUGCUGGACUUUAGGGGGAUGUUACAUCUGCAAGGAUUAAGGAUAUUCAAAAUCCCAACUUGCUUCCUGGACU